UUACGCUGAAGUUGGCCAAUCAAAAUUCGGAUUUCGUGCGGUACAUCCCUAGGGACAUCGGGAAAGACAGUAAACACUCAUUAUGUGAUGACAUUUUUCGCGAUGGGACUUGAAAACACUCCCCUCUUUGUCUUCUUUCGAGGAGUUAUAUUACUCUGCGCGGUUUUCCACGCAGGAGUAGAAUCGUCUGCUCUUUCUCGAUCAGCGUAUUUCACAACGUUGACAAAUAAGCAGCUUAAAGGUUUCGUUGUUAAACGGUUUGAGUCCCCUAGUUUAGUUUGGUGUAGUCAGUCUUGUUUGAAAAACGCCUGGUGUACUUCAACAAACUUCAAACCUGCUCCUCAAACUUCCAAGUCUGAUGGCAAAGGAACUUGUGAACUAAACAAGCACGACGUUAUCAAAGAAAAUGCACAUUUACAGUUCGAGGCGGGAGCCAUUUUCUCAACACUUAUCAAGGUAAAUAAUUGCAGGGUUUGGAUCAUUUUCAACAACUGGAGUAAAGAAGAUUGUGUUUUGUUGUUUCCUACAGCUUACCGAAUGGUCUUUGGACAGCCUAGCAUAAAGAGUUACGCCAGCAUAACAAACGCCACCUCGUCUAGUCUCUCGGAAUUUACUAUGUGCUUUUUUGUCAAAAUGAAGGAUACAAUUUUGAAUGGUGAACAGUUCCUCUACAGUUAUGCGACUACUGGAGCACCUUAUGGAAAUGCCUUCUACGUUCGUCUGUUUAAACCAGGAAUUGGGAUCGCCAUAGCCUCGGAAAAUGAUAAUAUGGACACCAGAGUCAAAAUUGAUGAUACCAUGUGGCAUCACAUUUGUGUUACCUGGAAAAACACCGAAGGCUACUGGCAGUUUUAUAUGAAUGGACAACUUCAAAGCAAUGGAACAGACCUGAAGAAAAAUCAUCAGAUACCAGCCGGCGGAACAGUUAUCAUUGGACAAGACCAAGAUAAAGUCGGAGGGGAAUUUGAAACCAGACAGAGCUUUGGUCCGGGUGAGGUAACAGAAGUCAAUCUUUGGAGCAGAGUCCUUUCAGGGGAUGAAAUUGCAACUCAGAAGGCAAACUGUGACAUCGCACAAGCAGGCCUUGUUCUCUGGUGGGGACAAUUUAAAGGAAACUUUACUGGUGUCAAAAUAGUCGAGCCUUAAAAGUGAAAGGAUUUUCAACACCAGCAUCUUGUUUACGACGAACUGUUUAUCAUAGAAAGAGAUCCCGGCUUCCUCGAACAAGGAACACCUAAACACUGAUCAAUAUCUACAUACAUGUUAAAUAGAUUUGACCACUCGUAUUGUGGAGUCCAACAAUUGUUAUUACACAGAUGACAGCCCUUUUACCCAGUUCAGUAGAGUGUUUGAUAGAUAGCACCCUCCAAUUUAUGAUUUGAUUGCCUUGAAGGUUGCUCUUUAGUCGCUCGUUACUAUUGAUGAAACGCCAAAGUUCAGGACUGAAGUAGCGAGUAUCA